AUGUUUCCCAGCUCCAGCACGUCCACUCCCUUCUCUGUAAAGGAUAUAUUAAACCUGGAGCACAGUCAUGACGCUUUGGUGUCUUCUCUGGAUGUCUCCUCUCGGAUGGACUGCUGCACCGUGCCGGCCUCUUCCUCCACUUCUACCUCCACCUCCUGCAUGCUGGCCCGCCUGAAGCAGGAGCCUAUCCGGGACAUGUCGUCCUCCAACACCGCCGGCUCUCUGUUUGGAGAAGACCUGCUCGAGUCCAGAGCCGGCAGAGGCAACGCGCUCAACUUUGCAAACACCUUUUAUGGGAAAUCUCUCCUGGAGAUGGAUUUAGUGAAGGAUGGGAAAUCAGACGUGUUUGAGGGGAAACGAAGAAAAGGUGAGAUGAUGAGAGGAGACAUGGGACUCUGUAGGCCUGAGUUCAGUCCCCCCGUUGUCCCAGCAGACGACAUCAAACCAGAGGACCCAGACCGUCCGAAGCCCCGCAGACGCCGGAAGCCGCGCGUGCUCUUCUCCCAGGCUCAGGUGUACGAGCUCGAGCGCCGCUUCAAACAGCAGAGGUACCUCUCCGCCCCCGAGAGAGACCACCUAGCUGGGGUCCUCAAGCUGACCCCCACCCAGGUGAAGAUUUGGUUCCAGAACCGGAGGUACAAGUGUAAGCGGCAGAGGCAGGACCAGAGCCUGGAGAUGGUGUCUCUACCUCCGCCCAGGAGGGUGUCUGUGCCGGUGCUGGUGCGAGACGGGAAGCCGUGCCUGGCGUCAGACACAGCGGCCUACAACCCCUCCUACAGCAUGGGUCACAUCAACCAUUUCACUUACAACAACUAUCCGGCCUUCAGUAACUACACGGGGCCCGGCUGCAACACAAACUACACCUGUAAUUAUCCUGCAGCCACGAUGCAAACGAUGCAGGGGUCCAACAGCAGCGGGAACUACAUGAACUUUGGUGUAGGAGAGCUGAAUAAUGUGCAGAACUCCUUCUCUUCUACAAACGGAGUUUCCUCCUUACAUGGCAUCAGGACGUGGUGAACUACGACCCUUUAACAUUUAAGAAGAUUGUUUGAAUGCAUGCAUCUUUACGUGUCGAGAUUUAACGACUUUGUUUAGCUUCUUUUUCUAUAGGGAUGCACGGUAUUGGACUUUUGCCUUGUUAGAUUUGCCAGUAUUUCAAAACUUUUACCACGACUUUUUAUUGUAAAACAUCAAGUGUCUCAAGUACUAUAACUGGGCGAUUUCUUAGUCUUUUUGCUUUAAAAACAGUCGUUUGAUUCUACAAUAAAUGAUGAAUUAAGUAAUAAAAAACUUAAA